AUGCUGGCAACUGCUAAAUCCAAUCCCAAAUCAUCGAAGUAUGAGGAAGAUAAUGAAUUCUACGGUGUUUUGAACGAGCCAAAUAUAGGGAAAGUUGUUCUUGGAAAUUAUGAGUUCGAUACUUGGUAUGGUAAUGCAGCAUAUUUCAGUUCCCAAGGACCUCAUUCUAUAUUGGGAUAUGAAUUUUUAAACAAAAUAGUAACUGCUACGGGGCAAAAAGGUAAAAAGAAGGUGAUUGAUCAAAUAACUGAAACGGAGAGUAUUAAACCAAAGAAUGAUUCGUUGUGGUUAGAUAAACUAUAUGUCUGUCAAUACUGUUUUAAGUAUACAGAUAAACAACAAUUUAUGGGACAGCAUCAAGCUGUAUGCCCUUUGAAUACUAGGUUCCCUUCUAUUGGAAAGUUGUUAUAUAGGGACGACGAAUCACCAUACUUCAUUACUCAUGUCAGAGGGUUCAAGCAUCAGCUAUUUUGUCAGAAUCUUUCAUUAUUCGGGAAGCUAUUUCUUGAUGAUAAAUCAGUAUAUUAUAAUGUUGAUGCAUUUGACUACUACAUAAUAUAUGGCCUCGAUCAACAUCAAGACCUGUCAUAUCCAGAAGAGAAUUUUGUACCAAUGGGAUUCUUUUCGAAAGAAGUGCUAUCGUGGGAUGACGAUAAUAACUUAGCGUGUAUAUGUAUAUUUCCCCCAUUCCAAAGGCGACAUCUUGGUUCCCUCUUGAUAGAAUUUCUGUACGCAUUGGCCAGAGUUACACCAGGCCAAUUCAGAAGUGGGCCCGAGUUCCCCUUGUCUCCCUAUGGUAAAAUGAGUUAUUUACAUUAUUGGUCAAGAAAAUUGGCAUAUAUCCUAUUGCAAACCUUCAAAAUAAAUGAAGAAUUUAACUUGUCGAGUCUAGCAGAUAUUACCGGUUUCAGGAAAGAAGAUAUUUUGCUUACUUUGGAAUAUAUGCAAAUAUUACAAGAUACUGGUAAUGGUAAUGUCAGUUUAUCAUUGGGUAAUUUUAAUCAAUGGUGCACUGAAAAUAAUGUCGAUCCUUUGCAAGAGAAGACCAUGUUGAACCCAAACUACCUUUUAAUUUAA